GCAGAAGUACAAGCAGAUUGCCGGUGAGUUGCAAGAGCUCCUGGAAGGACGCCUCUCUCGAGGUUUUCCGCUUCCAGUGCUGACCCUGGAGAGUCCUGUGAAGGUCAAAAAGGCUCAAGGUAUUUAUGAUCGCUAUUCCGAGUGGGAGAGAGACUUCAAUUUGGUCCCCUCCAAUGGCUCCUAUGCCUAUGCCGUGCCCAGCCGCGUUGGAGCCUUCGAGGUCCACUUG